GUGAAAGGAACAAAAAAGAAGAGACCAAAAAAUGGGGCCCAUCCACAGUGGAAACAGAAUAAAUCUAAAUGACAACAGAUCUGCUGAAAAACUUCCUGUUUGACGCGGAACUGUUCUUCCGCACAGGAAGUGGCUGGCGGACAUUUUGAGUUACCUUCUCCAAAGUUCCGUCCGUUUCCAGCACUUUCUAAGACCGGCGAAAAAUCGCGUGAGCACCCUCACUGAGAGAGAGAGACUGAGAGAGAGAGAGAGAGAGAGAGAGAAAGAGAGAGAGCGAGAGCGCGGCUGGAGGAGGAUUCUAGAAACAACGUGCACUCAACAGGACCUGCUCACAUACCGGUUAACUCUCUCUCUAUCGCCAACCCAUUUUAUUUAUAAUUUUUAAAACCCGAAUCAAUGGCCAAGUGGGGAGAAGGGGACCCUCGCUGGAUCGUGGAGGAAAGAGCUGAUGCCACUAAUGUCAACAACUGGCAUUGGACUGAACGUGAUGCUACAAACUGGUCGUCGGACAAAUUGAAAUACCUGCUCAUGGGACUCAGUGUUGAGAAUGAUGUUGGGACUUGUGAGGUGACGGAAGUCAGCAAAGUGGAAGGAGAGGCUUCCAUCAACAACCGCAAAGGGAAACUAAUUUUUUUCUAUGAAUGGGUCCUGAAAGCUACUUGGACAGGUAAGACAAAAUCAGGCGUGAAAUACAAAGGAUCAGUUGAAGUUCCAAACCUGUCUGAUGAAAACGACAUGGACGAUCUUGAUAUUGUUGUAUCGUUGAACAAAGAUGAACCCGACACACCGCUGCUGAGCCUGAUGAAAACGAAAGGAGCCGCGAAAGUGCGUGAAGCUCUGGGCAGCUAUGUUGGAUAUUUAAAAACGGAGUUCACACAGGGCAUGAUCCUGCCAACAGCUAAUGGUGUGGCCACACCUCAGAGCACAUCUCAGUCUAAAGCCAAGACGGAUAAAACUCAGAUUUCCUCAGGAGGCAGCACGGCCGCUCCUGUCAACACUGGUGUCAAGAUCCCCACCUGCAAGCUGAGCAUGAGAGAGACCUUCCAAACUUCUCCUGCUGAUCUUUACAGUGUGUUCCUCAAACAGGAGAUGGUGGCGGCUUUCACACACGCUUCAGCCACAGUCGACGGAGAGAAAGGAGGACGAUUCCGUCUGCUGGACGGAAACGUUUGUGGUGAAUUCACAGAGCUGGUUCCUGAUGAAAAAAUAGUAAUGAAGUGGAGGUACAACACCUGGCCCAGUGAACAUUAUGCCACCAUCACAUUGACCUUCGUGGACCGCAGCAGUCAGACGGAGCUGAAGGUGCACUGUGUUGGUGUUCCAGACAGUCAGGAGGAACUGAUGAAAGAAGGCUGGAAGAGAUACUACUUUGAAGGCAUCAAACAAACUUUUGGCUUCGGAGCCCGACUCUACUGAGGACAACCUUCGUCUUACCUCGUCUCUUAUCCUGGAUUUUUUAUUUUCAACCAUUGUGUUUUCCGGUUCAGGACGUCCAGCAGGUUAAAACACUGAGGAGUUAAAGAAGGAGCUCUCACUGUGAGGCCCUGUCUGUCAUCAGUCCAUGUGUGGUUUUGUUUUAAAUUUCUGUGCUCAUUUAUGUCUAGAUUCAGUUUGUUCCUCCAGUAUUUCUGACAUUUGGUCAUACGAGUGUAACUCACGUCACACGAUCAGUCCCUGGAUUGAGGAUUGAGCUUUUGGUAGCCCACAUCUGGUAUUUGAAAGAAUGUCAAACAUGGCUGGUCCUCUUCUGACAUUUUUAUGUUGUCACCACUUGUCUGAAGAGUCUGGCCCACACUUGGACUGGACAAGUUUGUGUGAUCUAACUUAAGCCCGACUGUGUUUGGCUGAGUAACAACACAAAUUCUAGAUACCAGCUGUGGCCCACUAGAGGCCUUUACUUGACUGCUGUGUGGGGGCCAAAUGAAAAAUGAUUUUGUUUUGUGGGAACAGACUGUGCCUUUUACACCUCGGAUGGAAAAUUAAAAUAAUCAUAAUGUAUGAAACCACUCUUUCAAAUUGGGCUUCAGCUCAAUAAGUAUGUAUUAAUAGAAGAGUUGUGUCUAUCUGAAGAACAAAAAUGUUUUGUGUUAUUUUGUUGUCAAGACAGAACUGAAGUGAAGCUGCUUUUUCAGCUCGGAUGCAUGUCCUGCUUCACACAGAGAGAUGAUGAUGAUGAUGAUGAUGAUAAACAACCAACCACUGGAUAUAAACCUAGCCCAUCACCACAGGCUCAGUCCUGCUCUGCUUCACAUUGCUGCCAUGUUAGAAAUAAAAGCGGACCAAGUAGUUCAAAUACAAAGCUUCAUUUUCCUUAUUGGCUUUUAAAGAAUUCAGUGAGUGUCCGACAAUGGGCUUUCAACUACCACCUGACACAGAUCUAUGUGUCUCUUCUGAGAGCAGUUCAUUUUUUAGUUAAUUGGUCUCAUCUUUUCCAAUCUCCUUUAAAAACCACUCGCGUGACAUCACCAUCUUCACUUUUACAAUUUGGGUGACUUUGUCCUCGUCUUCACUCUGAACUUGGGUUUACAGAGUUAAAUCCGAGAGAAAAAGAAAAUGUAGAACAUGUAUAAAGAUCUCAACAGUUUUAAAUUCUUGGUAAAGGACAGUUUGGCAGAAAUUGAAACAUGUUUGGCUAUAAACUGGACAUUUUUAUGAAAAAGAAUGAAAAAAAACAAACAGCAUCUAUUUAUUUCUCAUUUCAUCCUCACACUGUAAAAAGAUUAUUUUCUUGGAAUAAAAACCGACUCCUGUACCUGUUUUUAUUUAUGUUAGCACAUCUUUGAAACAUGAUUAAAAUUGUACUUGAAAA